CGCUACGGUCUCCGCACGCAGACAAUAGAGCCAGCCGUGUCCCGGUCGCGCAGUUUACACCGCCGAGCACUCGGCAUGAGGCCUCCGGCACGUGUCACCUUGUGCAGGUGUCAUCUAGAUUCCCUUACACUUUGCGCAUCAGCCCAGGCUUGACAUCACUUGACUGUCGCAACAACUCACGCAUUCGAACUCUUCUGUCCGCAAAAUAUCGCACAAACUGCUUUCGUAUCUUAUGCGUCAAUGCUAAGGUUCUGUCUUACCCAGUCCGCCGGAACCCACAGCAUUACAUCUUGGUACUUUUAAGUGAUCAUCGCCCAAUCCCAUAGACGAAGGUCAGUCUGGAACUCACCCCGAACACCCCAUCCCACCUAAAAGUCCUCUAAGCCCCUCUGAAUUCUUCUCGAUCUACUCGCUACGUCAAGAUGGUUGCUCACGGUGCUGAAAUGGCAGGCAUGGACAUGGAUAUGGGCGGACAUGACAUGGGAGGCUCGACCUCAAGUCACACUGGAAUGGCAAUGGCCUUCUUCACAGCAACUAAUACACCUCUCUACUCGGAGGCAUGGACGCCGCAAAAUGCCGGACAGUAUGCCGGAACAUGCAUCUUCCUCAUUAUCCUGGCUAUUACACUCCGCGGCAUCUUCACUGCAAAGAGCUUCCUGGAGGCCAAAGCACUGGAGACCGCAAUGAAACGACGCUACGUUGUUGUUGCAGGCGAGAAGGCAGUUGCAGAACAGGCGAACGACGCGAACUCGAUGACUGGAAUCCUGACCACGAACGGGAUGCAGGAGGAUGUGCGAAUUGUUUCAGCGCCGGUGAGGCUUGUUCAACCCUGGAGAUUCAGCGUCGAUCUUCCUAGAGCUGCCCUGAUGAUGGUCGCAACAGGUGUUGGGUAUCUUCUUAUGUUGGCUGUCAUGACUUUCAACGUCGGCUACUUCUUGUCUAUUCUUGCAGGAACUUUCAUUGGCGAACUGGCUUUGGGUCGUUUCAAUCAGGCGAACAUGGCGAUGUAAAAGCGCUGUUGAGCAUCGAUGCUUUAGAAUGGUAGCGAGCGCUACACGCAAUAUUACACCACUUCUUCAUGAG